AGCGUAGCUUCAUGCCACGUGGACAGCGUUGUCUCUUCCUCGCCACAUUCCUUAUUUUCUCCACUGACCCUAAACCUGGUGUCCUCUCCAUCCACUGCUCUCUCUUCGCUUUCCAGACUUAUUGGGCUCUGACAUUCAACCUUUCUAUCAGAAUCCAACCGAAAAUGGAAUCCAUUGCAGUUCUCAUGGUUUACCCCAUGAAUUCUUACCUCGAACGAGAACUCGAGAAGCGUUUCAACCUCCUAAGGUUCUGGACAGUUCCGGAGAAACCAACGUUUCUGGCUACUCACAAAAACUCAAUCUGGGCUGUCGUAGGAAACGCCUCGGCCGGUGCCGAUGCUGAGCUGAUCGAGGCGUUGCCCAAGCUGGAGAUUGUUGCCAGCUUCAGCGUGGGGCUUGAUAAGGUCGAUUUGGCGAAGUGUAAAGAAAAGGGUAUCCGAGUUACCAACACCCCUGACGUUUUGACUGAGGACGUGGCGGAUUUGGCGAUUGGUUUGAUGUUGGCGGUGUUGAGGAAGCUUUGUGAGAACGAUCGGUAUGUGAGGAGUGGCAAGUGGAAGAAAGGGGACUAUAAGUUGACAACUAAGUUCACUGGCAAAAGAGUUGGCAUUAUUGGGCUGGGCAGGAUUGGCCUGGCAGUUGCAAAGAGAGCUGAAGCAUUUAGCUGCCCCAUUAGUUACUACACUAGAACAGAGAAACCAGAAACCAAAUACAAAUAUUAUCCAAGUGUUGUUGAGCUGGCCGCCAAUUGUGAUAUCUUGGUUGUCGCUUGUCCGCUGACCGAAGAAACCCACCACAUCAUCAACAGGGAAGUCAUUGAUGCUUUGGGUCCAAAGGGUGUUCUCAUCAAUGUGGGGAGAGGCCCUCACGUUGAUGAACCUGAGCUGGUUUCUGCAUUGGUUGAACGCCGGCUAGGAGGUGCUGGGCUUGAUGUGUUUGAACACGAACCUGAAGUACCAGAAGAGCUUUUCGGGCUCGACAAUGUGGUGCUCUUACCUCAUGUGGGAAGCGGCACAGUAGAAACCCGCCAAGCCAUGGCUGAUAUUGUGAUUGGGAACUUGGAGGCACACUUUCUGAAGAAACCACUAUUAACUCCUGUGUCUCAACCUCUUCCUUCUUCACACGCUAACACGAACACAAAAAUGAAAAACAUUGGAGUCCUAAUGACAUGUCCAAUGUUCCCAUACCUCGAACAAGAACUUGAAACCCGGUUCAACCUCAUCAAACUAUGGAACCAUUCGUCUUCGAAACCUGAAUUGUUGAAGAACUGCUCAAGUUUCAUCAAAGCAGUGGUUGGAAACACCAAACUUGGAGCUGAUGCGGAAAUGAUAGAUUCGCUGCCCAAUUUAGAGAUUGUUGCAAGCUACAGUGUCGGCCUGGACAAGAUUGAUUUGGCCAAGUGUAGAGAAAAAGGGAUUAAGGUUACUAACACCCCUGAUGUGUUGACUGAUGAUGUAGCUGAUUUGGCUAUUGGGUUGGCAUUGGCUGUUGUGAGGAAAGUUUGUGUUUGUGAUCAGUUUGUGAGGAGUGGGAACUGGAUCAGUGGUGAUUUUGGAUUGGCUAGAAAGUUCAGUGGCAAAUCAGUUGGAAUUGUUGGGUUGGGCAGGAUUGGAUCAGCAAUAGCAAAAAGAGCUGAAGCUUUUGACUGUCCUAUCUGUUAUCACUCCAGAUCUAAGAAACCAAAUACAAAUUACAAAUACCACUCAAACGUUGUUGACUUGGCUGCCAAUUGUCAAAUCCUUGUUGUGGCCUGUGCUUUAACUGAGGAAACUCACCACAUCGUUGAUCGCAAAGUCAUUGAUGCUUUGGGUCCGAAGGGUAUUCUUAUCAACAUUGGACGAGGUGCACAUGUCGAUGAACCUGAGCUUGUAUCUGCAUUACUUGAAGGCCGGUUGGGUGGAGCUGGACUUGAUGUAUUUGAAAAUGAGCCUGAGGUACCUGAGCAACUGUUUGCACUAGAGAAUGUUGUUCUAGUGCCCCAUGUGGGUAGUGACACUGAAGAAACAAGCAAGGCAAUGGCUGAUCUUGUGAUAUGCAACUUGGAGGCGCACUUUAAAGGUGAGCCCUUGUUGACUCCUGUUAUAUGAUUUUGUUCAAAGAGGGCAGAUGAAAUGCAUUAAUAACUAGACUAGACAUGGAUCGAUGAUGCAUUCUAGAACCAUGUUGCUUCAUGUAAUUAUGGGUUGGGUGCCAUUUCUUACUGAAAGGAUAUUUGACCCAUAAAAUAUCAGUUACAAUUUAUUUAUAAUGUUUUUGCUCCUUGCUGGGAUACAAUUUUAUGCUGAUAAUAGCUUGUUGUUAGCCUGUUCUUUUCAUUGGUAGCCCUAUUAGACAAAUCUUAAAUCUUAGUUUAUUCCAUUUUUGUCAAGGGAAACUAAUAAUGCAUAUAGCUGAUCAACCACAAUUCCGCAUAUGUAGCUCAACACCAUCCCAUGAAAAUAAGAAUCACAAUAUUGUGCAGAGGUUAG